AUGGGUUGGCUCCGCCCUAGAAUUGCUACCAAUCAUGAACGCUAUGAAGGAGGUUCGGUCUCAAGAGGUAUAGCAAUCUCCAAUUUUCUGGGCAUGGAAAGAGCUCACUUUCCUGAUAGAUACCUGGGCAUAAACUUGAAGCCAGGCAUAGUUCGGCACAUCCACAUCCGUCAGGUGGUGGAGAAGAUUAUGGACAAGUUAGCGGGGUGGAAGGGUAAGCUCUUAUCUUUUCAGGCUAGGAUGGUGUUAAUCAAGUCAGUGAUCUCGAUCUAUGUUACACAUUCUCGGAGAAUACCAAAAAGUUCACAUUCACUGCUAGCCAUGGCAGUUUAUAAGUGGCCUUGCACCGCCAUCAAACAAGAAGGUGGCCUAGGCCUCAAGAAGCUUUUGGAUGUUAACAAGGCUAUGUUGAUGAAGCUUUGGGUCUCCAUUAGGGAUUCAGACAAGAUUUGGGCUCGCUUCUUGAGAGCCAAAUACUUCAAAAACAAUGGCAAUCUGAUCGACUACAAGCUGGGCUCUUCUAUUUUUUCGGGCAUCAAACUAGUUUACAAAUUUGUGCAAAAGCACACCAGAUCGAUCAUAGGAACUGGUGAGAAUACUUCUUUAUUUUUUGACAACUGGUGUGGGGACUUCUCGAUUGCUGGGAAGCUGGGCCUCUCCUCCAAAGGCCCUAAUGAUUUCCAGGAAAUGGUUAGUGACAUUAUUGAGGAUGGGUCUUGGGUAAUUCCACCCUCAACGAGUAGUCUAAUGGCUCAUUGUGGCAUAGAUGUGGGGAAGCUUCCAAUUAUUCCUGGAGGGGAACAUUACAGAAUCUGGGACUUGGACAAGAAAGGGGUUUUCUCGGUGAAAUCUGCCAAGGCUGCAAUCAAAGCGUCAGGGGAGAUCCAGCCAGCAGCGGUUCUGUUUAAAUGA